UGUUUUUGUUUUGGGUUGAAGUUGAGGCUUUGGAGAGAACCGAGCUAGCGACUGGCAGUCGUCGCGGCCGCGGACGCCGCGGGCGGUGGUGGAGGCCCCGCGGGACUCGAGCGGUCUGUCCUCCGCGUCGGCCGGGCGGGCCUCGCGUUCCCGUCUCCGCCUCCCGCUCCCGGAACUCCCGGGGCCUGCCCUGGCCCCUGUCUUUGCACCCCGCACGCCGCAGCGCCCUGUCCGGGCCGCACCCGCUGGCCCCAUGAGGAGGGACGUGAACGGAGUGACCAAGAGCAGGUUUGAGAUGUUCUCAAACAGUGAUGAAGCUGUAAUCAAUAAAAAACUUCCCAAAGAACUCCUACUAAGGAUAUUUUCUUUCCUGGAUGUUGUUACCUUGUGUCGCUGUGCUCAGGUCUCCAGGGCUUGGAAUGUCCUAGCUCUGGACGGCAGUAACUGGCAGCGAAUUGACCUGUUUGAUUUCCAGAGGGAUAUUGAGGGCCGAGUAGUAGAAAAUAUUUCAAAACGAUGUGGAGGCUUUUUACGAAAGUUAAGUCUUCGUGGGUGUCUUGGAGUGGGAGACAAUGCAUUAAGGACUUUUGCACAAAAUUGUAGGAAUAUUGAAGUACUGAAUCUAAAUGGGUGUACAAAGACAACAGAUGCUACCUGUACUAGCCUUAGCAAAUUCUGCUCCAAACUCAGGCACCUUGACUUGGCUUCCUGUACAUCAAUAACAAACAUGUCUCUCAAAGCUCUGAGUGAGGGGUGUCCACUGUUGGAGCAGUUGAACAUCUCCUGGUGUGACCAAGUAACCAAGGAUGGCAUUCAAGCACUAGUGAGAGGCUGUGGGGGUCUCAAGGCCUUGUUCUUAAAAGGCUGCACACAGCUGGAAGAUGAAGCUCUCAAGUACAUAGGUGCACACUGUCCUGAGCUGGUGACUUUGAACCUGCAGACUUGCUUACAAAUCACAGACGAAGGUCUCAUCACCAUAUGCAGAGGGUGUCAUAAGCUGCAAUCCCUCUGUGCUUCUGGGUGCUCCAAUAUCACAGAUGCCAUCCUGAACGCGCUAGGUCAGAACUGCCCUCGGCUUAGAAUACUAGAAGUGGCCAGAUGUUCCCAGUUAACAGAUGUGGGCUUCACUACUCUAGCCAGGAACUGCCAUGAGCUUGAAAAGAUGGACCUAGAAGAAUGUGUUCAGAUCACAGAUAGCACAUUAAUCCAGCUUUCUAUACACUGUCCUCGGCUUCAAGUAUUGAGUCUUUCACACUGUGAGCUGAUCACAGAUGAUGGGAUUCGUCACCUAGGGAAUGGGGCCUGUGCCCAUGACCAGCUGGAGGUGAUUGAGCUGGACAACUGCCCGCUCAUCACCGACGCGUCCCUGGAACACUUGAAGAGCUGUCACAGCCUUGAGCGAAUAGAACUCUAUGACUGCCAGCAAAUCACGAGGGCUGGAAUCAAGAGACUCAGGACCCAUUUACCCAACAUUAAAGUCCACGCCUACUUCGCACCUGUCACUCCGCCCCCGUCAGUAGGGGGCAGCAGACAGCGCUUCUGCAGGUGCUGCAUCAUCCUAUGACGAUGGAGUGGUCAGCUCGGUGGACUGAGUAUUUAAUGACACUUCUAGACUUGCCAUGGAGUCUCUCCAGUGGAAGCGAACCCAGGAUUCUGGGCAAGGGUUACAAAAGCAAGGGCAGCGUCCAGAUCCCCAGAGCCACACAUACACAGGCACAUGCCCUCACCCCGUCCGCUGCAGUCCGUGACCAUGGCACUGAAGUUCGUACUGGCUGUACCAAGUGGAUUGGUAAAACUUAGCCAUUCCUAUUGGAUGUGCCCAGAAGAAAUCUUAGGCCAUGGUAGAGGGAGGGGACAUUCCAGCAAAACCCAGUGUUACUGCUACUGUGGUUUCUUUAUUUUAUUAAAAGGUUUCUGUGGGGAUUUUGAAACAGUAACUGCAAUCUUCCAGGGUGAAAGGUAGCAUGGAAAACAAUAUAUGAUGAAUCCAGGGACCAGAAAGAAAAUGUCUUUGCAUCCUAGAAAUGGUAGCCAUCCAUUGGGAGAUGCUUACGAAACUUCUGCGCUUCCUGUUUCCAUGCCAACAUGCUGAGCAUGCUCACAAAGAAGGCUCGUCCACUCAUCUGGUGUUUUAGUAUUUGGCCCAGAGGUUUCCUUAGCAGCUGUAUUGAAAUUGCUGGGGUCCAAGUAUGAUUCCUUUUCCUUAGCUGCUCGGUCUGUCCCUGUCACUGUGCACCCCCUGCUCUGCUCACCGCCGCACUCGGGCUCGGUCUGCUCCGGUCACGGUCUGCUGCUCACUCAGUUGUUACUCCUUUGCUGUUGUGUUUACAGUUUGCAUUUGGGAUGAUUAGUUGGGGUUACCAAACAUUUUUAAAAGAAACAUCAAUAAAUAUUUUUUUAAUCUAAAUUUUACCAUUAGGGGACCCUGCCUGAGUCUUUGCCAGUCUGGAAGGAAAACUUAACGGGAGCAGGAAAGUUAGGAAAAGAAAGAGUUGACUGUUUGGAUGAAAGGAAACUGGCCUUUUGGUUUCUGUUGUAUCUUCUGCUGUCCACUCAUUUGCACGGUGUUCUCAGUGUCCCGCACAUUUCCCUCUUCCAAACUUGGUGAGCUUAGUAAGAAAGGAGAAGUGACCAUUAGUGUGAAGUGGAUGGCAAAUCCCCAAAGCAAGCCCGGAUGUGCCCACUCCCCGAGCUCAAGCACAAGUGGCCGAUGUUGUCCUGUGCUGACAGGGACAUGGUGAGGUCUCUCUCUGCCUGUCUGCAGUCACUUCAGUCACUUGCUUUGCAGCGGUGUGGGGGCUGGGUGGUUACAGUUGGUUUCUGGAGCCUCCCCCUGUUGAAUCCCACCAGGGAUACUGGAAGAGCUCUGUACCAGCCAGCUGCCUGGGUCAGGGGUAGCAGGCUUGUAUGGAACGGUGACGCCUCAGAAGACCCAAGCGUGCAGCCUGCUCCCUCCUGCUCGCUGCAGACUUCCUCUGAGUGGGAUAUGAAGGCAGCCAGGCAGGGGCAUUGGGGCCGCCAGAGAACCUGGAGAGGGAGUGAGGGGCUCAGUGUCCAUACCAAGCCUGGGACCUGGCCCCCCACGCUGAGGAAAGGGGUUUAGUACCUAGUACCUAUGGCUCAGAGUCAAGAAGAAGCCUCUUCAAAAAAAAAAAAGACUCACAGAAAAUGAGAGAAGUUAAGUGAGUUUCUAAAGCAUAUUUCUAAACUCCAGUGUUAGAGGCCUUGUGUGAUGUUUAAUAGGGUGUUGGGGGAAAGGCUUUUUAGGAUGUGGAUGUGCAAGCCAAUAUGAUCCCAAGAUGUUAAAAGGGUUGUGUUAAUGCUAUAGGUACUGGUUCUACCAGAAUAUAUAAGAAUAAAGUCUGAUUUAUUUCUCCAUUAAUGUAGAAAACAAUCAGAUGGAAAGGUCCUAGAAUUCUAUACUACCAGAUUUAUUUAUCAUAUUAAAUGUAUUUAAAAUCUUAUUUUAUUAUGCUCUUUUGAAAGCAAAAUUACUUGUGUUUUUUUAUUCCUUCUCCCCCUCAUGUUCAAAUUACCUUGCAAGAAAUUUCUUCUUUCCUCUGAGACCAUUUGUUGUGUUGCCAAGCCAACUAACUGGGCUUGGCUCCUGGGCUCCAAUUCCCCUCCCCCUCAGCCAGCAUCCUGAGUGAAUGGGACUGCAGUGGCUCACACUGCUUUACCUGGCAGGAAUAUUUUGCACACCUCCACCACCAAGACAAAGUCUUACUCUGUAACCCUGGCUGGCCUGGAAUUUGUGGUUAUCUUCCUGCCUCAGCCUCCCAAAUGCUAAGAUUAUAGGUGAGAGCCACCAUAUCAGACUCAUUGUACUUUUAAAGUUUGACUCAGUGCACACAUAGAUGUAUCCACACUUCCAAAUGUACUUAGAUUUAGAUCCCUAAGUCUCUCAAACAAAGCUAUCAGCCCUAAACUGUGUUGUUUGUUUUUGUCCCCUAAGUGCCUAAUGAGUUGACAGUAAACCCUGAACACUAACCUUUAGUAGACGUACAUUUGAAUUGCCUGAGGCGAAGCCUUUCAAGCACGUUGAACGAGUCGGCUAUUCACCAGUGUGUCAGAGGUCUUGAAAAUGCUGUUUUUCUUCUCAGAGUGUAGCCACAUGCAGGUUCAUCGGAUUUGUCUUGGUGACCUUUGCUGUUAAGGCAGAUUCCAACCUUUCUGGGCCAGGAACAUAAACAAAAGGAGAAGGCCUAUGGCUGUGCUGCCCUGGCUGCAUAUGGCCAGGCAGGAGACAUGUUCCUUUCUCAAAUAACAUCAAGCCCAUCAUGCUUGGAGGAAAAGAAAUGUUUUUUUAAAUGUUGAUUUGAAUCCUACACCAGCUUAUUACACUAAGACUCUGUGUUUCAAUCAGGUGGAAAGAGCCCUGACAUCUGAAUAUAAAUGCUUCCUGUCUACAUGUACAGAAUACUUCUAAGAGUUCAGUAGGGUUUUGGUGUGGUUGCUUGGGUUUGGGGUUUUUUUCGGGGCCAUGGAUGGAACCCAGGACCCUUGCAUGUAUGUUCUCUACCACUGAGCUGUAAAACUUAAUAUGAGAAAUUCCCCUUUGGAAAAGCCUGUUGGGGGUUGCCAAGACGACUCGGAAGGGCAAAGUGCUUGCCAUGCAAUCCUGAUAAUGGAGUUUGACCUCAGAACCCACAUAAAAGAGCUGGAUGUAAUGUGCAUCCAUGAUUCCAGCACUCCUGUAACAGAGGCUUGAGGGCCAGCCGUCCUGGAGAACAUAGCACGGGCAGAAACCAGAGAGACCUUGCCUUGAGAGGAUGUGGAAGGGGAGUGACUCCAGGAAGUUGUCCUUUGACCUCCACACAAGCUGGCACGCAUGUGCCUGCACUCGCACAAUAAAAACAUAAUUAGGAAGAAAAUAAAAGCUCUGGGAGCCAGGUGUGAUGGUGUGUGUCUGAGAGCCAGGCCAGGUUGGGAUGCAUAGCUGGAGACUGCCUCUGAAAGGACGAAGAAGCCCGUGGGUCCAUUUGUCUAAUUUUAUACCCACCCCAGAAUAUGCCUUUUAUGAUGAAAAAAAAAAGAUCUAGAAUUAAAUGGGCCUAAUUAAGAUGA